UAACACCAGGCAGCUGAUUGGAUCUUUUCACUGAUUUAGAACUUUUUCUUUUCCUCUUAAGAGGCUUGUAAGAAAAUAAUCACUUGGUUAGGUCAUUUCUGGAUGAGGAACUGCACAUCAGUGAUGAGCGGGAGCAGGUUACUCAGAACUGAGGCUUUGUCUUGGCUGUCAGCUACAGGAAAUGUGUCUGGGGGCGCAUCCUGUGGCUUAGUUCUACAGCCUCUUUGGGACUACCUACACCAGAACCACCAUGAUCUGCUCAGGAGCCCGCUCUUCCCUGUGGUCCUCUCAGUCUCUACCUACUUCCUCCUGGUUGGAAUCUAUACCAUGCUGGACCUGCUGGCUCCCACUUGGCCCUCCAUCAACCGUUACCGGCUGCAUCCAGACAAACCUGUCACCUGGCCAAACAUCUGGACCACCUUGGGCAUCACCAUCUACAACCACCUUUUCUUCAUCUUUCCUGCGGCGGUUGCACAGUGGCUGUGGAGGCCACCCACUCCUUUGACCAGAGACGCUCCGUCCCUCUGGAGCUUUUUUCUCGGCAUCCUGGGGUGCAUGGUCGUCUUUGAUUUCCAGUACUACCUGUGGCACCUUCUGCACCACCGUGUUCCCUGGCUUUACCGCACCUUCCACGCCAUCCACCACCAGUACAACCAACCCUUUAGCCUGGUGACUCAGUACCUGUCUGGCUGGGAGCUGUUUAGCGUGGGAUUCUGGGCGACAGUAGACCCCAUCCUGCUGAAUUGCCACUGCCUCACAACUUGGGGUUUUAUGGUGUUCAAUGUUUACGUCUCCACCGAGGAUCACUGCGGUUAUGACUUCCCUUGGGCCAUGCACAACCUGGUCCCUUUUGGUCUUUGGGGCGGAGCCCCCAAGCACGACGCUCAUCACCAACGGCCCGGGACAAACUAUGCUCCAUUCUUCUCCCACUGGGACUGGCUGGGGGGAACAAACACAAUGCCAACUGCCUCGGGCUUUUCUGCCUCAGAUGAGCCAGAAGAGCUGAAAGAGAAAAAGGACUGAAGAAGAACACAUUUUCCAUUGACUUUGCUUCUCAUUAUCCCAAGUUAUGGUUUUCGCACUUUUCACAUUCAAAAACUUGUAUUUGUUCUUUCAAUACUCUUGGAACUUAAUCCAAUGUUUUUGUCUUUCUCUGAUCUUCAAUGCAAUUUCACUAACUGGCACUUUUCCUCUGCUAGAAAGGUUUCUGUUAUAUUUUUAUUGAUUGCUAAAAAUGCAGUUUUUUUCCUUGAAGCAAAGUGAUUGCAUAAGAUUCUCAGUUUGUGCUUUUUUCAUAAAAUUUCUCACUUAUGUAAAUGUAUUGAUGUGUUUCCACUUGCAUUUAUCUCAGCUCAGGUCAGG